AUGUUGUGCCCCGUCGCAGAUGUUGUGGCCGCAUUAAUGGCAUUCGCUGUGGGGCAAAAGACCUGGGAGACCUGGGAUGGGCAGCCGAGGGCUGGAUGCUCAAGACCUGGUUGCCUCGCCUUGCCUUCAGGAGUCGUGACGGAAAGCGCCUUCAGGAGUGUUAAGGAGAAAGCAUCCGCUGGAUACGCUGUCUACGAGAAGUUGGAGGUCAGCGUUCCAAUUGGCUUGGUGGUCGAGGUCUUGGAGCUCAAGGAGGAUUGGGCGAAGGUGCUGUUGCGACAGCAUAUCUGUGGAUGGAUGAAGAGCGAAAAUCUCAGUAGUGAGCCCGCUGAG